GUUUGAUGACUGUCGCGUUUCGGGCGUAAGGAUUCAACCAACACUUUGUAGAGCAACUAGACGGUCUUUAUUUGCGUCUCAUAUCUUCUAAACUCGCAGCCAUUCCACAUCACCGGAACACCCCCAACCCCAACUUCCUGUUUGGCCCUUCAGAAUAAAACAGCAGUACAAACACUUAACACCACAAUGACCAAGUUCAAUCGACUUCAAUUUCACUUUGUGUGCAAACGUUAGCUACAGGCUAGCUGGCUGUACAUUCAGUGAUGGAAUGCCCCUACUAGCUUAGUAUGGCCGUGGGCAGGGAUCACGUAUGUGCACAGAAGGGGCAAGAACAAAGAAAGGAGGUCUCUUGAAGCGGGUCGGGAGGAAGCCGUUCUCGCGUUUCCGGUGGCUGCCAAGUGCUGCGAGCUUGUCGCACUCUUAGGCGCUCACUGUCGGGACUGCUCUUGUGCUCUACGAGUUGUUCACUUGGUCCAGCACAAAUUUGCCGAGCAGCUUCCAUUCCGGAGCCUCUGCUCCAGCGUCCUCUGUGGCGACUUCAUCAGCCUCAGGACCCCAACAUUGGACACCCACCCGGGUCGCGAGGAUGAACCCCCAGUGUGCCCGCUGCGGGAAGGUUGUUUACCCCACAGAGAAAGUCAGCUGCCUGGACAAGAACUGGCACAAAGGCUGCUUCCACUGCGAGGUUUGCAAGAUGACCCUCAACAUGAAGAACUACAAAGGUUACGACAAGAAGCCCUACUGUAACGCACAUUAUCCCAAGACGUCCUUCACAAUUGUGGCCGACACGCCGGAGAACCUGCGACUGAGGCAGCAGAGCCAGCUGCAGAGCCAGGUGCAGUACAAGAAAGAUUUUGAGGAGAGCAAAGGUCGAGGCUUCAGCAUCGUGUCCGACACACCCGAGAUGCAACGACUGAGGCGCACUCAGGAACACAUCAGUAACGUAUGUACCGGAGGUCGAAACACGCGCACGCACACUGACGGUGAUUAUAAAAGGUCUGCACACCCAAAUGUCGUUUCAAAACCUUUUACUACGCUAAGGUGACCUGUAGAACUAAAUCAAAGUGAAUUUAACCUUGUCAAGAAGGGGAAAUAAAAAUAUAUAACUCAGAUCAUGUGGUUGCACAAGCGUGCACACCCUCCUAUAACUGGGGACCAUUUCUUUGCCAUAAAUUGUCCAAGUAGGCUUGGUUGUUUAUUUAUUUUUUUAUUUGGAGUUACUCAUUUGCUAACUGGGUAUGUGGCUACGUUCACGAUCAUAUUCAAACUAGAUAAAGUUCAGCUGUUCUAGUCGUCUUUUCUUCUCACAGUAAUGAUUGAAAAAGCCUUAAAAUUCCUUGUUGUGUAAUUUUGUUAAAUGUCACAAUGACAUGGGUUGUGUAGAUAUGGUUAUGCGUGGUGUGAAGGGGGAUGAAUGGAUGUGGUGCAAUUUUGUCAGUGAGCGCACACACACACAUACACACACGCACACGCCUUGAUUCUUCUAUGGGGACAAGAUGGAGGAAACGACGACAUCAUCUGAGGUGGAGCAUCAGCUAGAUUGUAAGUGAACUUUUUUUGGUCUUCUUAUUUUGAAUCACACUCAUUUAAAAGCCAACGCUUUCUGUCUUUGUCUUCUUCGCUCCUCAUUCGGACUGACACACGCCACUGUGAACUCCGAACUCGCCAGGAAGAGGCGGAAAGGGAGAAGGAGGAGGAAGCAGCGUGGGAGGAUGAGGAGGAGGAGGGCAGAGAAUGGUCCAAUGUUACGUAAGCGCUGUUUGCGCUUGUACAGAUGAAAAGCACUUUUGAUGUUCUGCUCUUACAUAAUAAUCAAACGAAUAAAUUAUUCAUUCCUGAA